GCGCGAGCGCCCAAGUGCCCAAAGGAAAAACAAAUCCCCAAACCCACACCGUCCGAUCCAUCGCCACGUCACCGAUCCGGACCAACCCGUAUCCAACGGCUCAGAUCCGCGUUGCAGGAGCUACCCUGCUCCAGAUCAAUCGAAGAAGCUCUUCACACAAAAAAAAUUUUCUCCCUUUUUUCCAUUUUCUCGAAGAUUUUUCCGUUCGUUUUUGUUCGAAUCGAGCCGAGAAAUCAUCGGAAUCUGGUCCCGGCGAGCGCGAGGUCGCGAUUUGCGACGAUGAAUUCCGACGAUGAGGAGGAGAUCGAGUUCGAGGAGGACGAGACAGUUAGGGCUGCGAGGGAGGACGGCGUCCCCGCCGCCAUCGACGAGGACGACGAGGAGGACGACGAGGAAGAGGAGGAAGACGGCGUGCAGAGUCAGGAGGAAGCGAACGCCGCAGAAGACGGGCGGCGCGACGGCGUGGACGACGAGGACGACGGCGAGGAAGAGGACGACGAUGAGGACGACGAUGACGAGGACGACGAGGACGACGAUGACGAGGACGACGAGGUGCAGGAGAUCGUGGACAUGAGGUCCGACGAGCCGAUGGUUGAGGUUCGGGAGGAUAACGAGGUAAUCGUGUUGAAGGAGGACGACGAGGAUGACGAUGAUGAGGAGGAGGAGGAUGGAGUACAGAGUCAGGAGGAAGAGAAUGGUGAGGAAGACGACGGCGAGGACGACGACGGCGACGACGACAGCAGCGACGACGAUGAUGACGAGGACGAGGACGGCGAUGUUCAGGAGGUUCUGCAGUCGUCUCGAGGACCUCCGCCGGUUUAUUCCGUGGAUGACGACGACGAGAACGACGAUGUCGACGAGGAAGGCGAAGGCGAAGGCGUCCGCGGCGGCCAGGGCAACGACGACGACGGCGGCGGCGACGACGAGGAUGAGAGCGACGAUGAUGAGGCCGAAGAGGAGGAGGAUAGCGGAGCACAGUAUAUGGUUCGGCCCCUUAGUCGCGCCGAGGAUGAGGAAGAAGACAACAGCGACUUCAUGGAGCAACAUGAGAACAGAUUGGAGCAAGAAGAAGACAUCGAGGAAGAUGAUGAGGUGGAGGAUGAAGAUGGAGUGGAAGCAAUGGAGAUAGAUGAAGAUGGCGGUGGGAAGGUUGAGGAUCCGCCCACGAAGAGGAAGAGGGCAGAUAGAGAAGAGGAGGAUGAGGAGGAUUCUGAGGACAGUGAUGUAGAUGAUGAGAGGCCUCGCAAGAGAUAAGGCCCCGGCCCAGUUUCCUUGUGAUGGUCUUGAGUCCAUUAGGAUUUGAUACAUCUGUUCCCCCUCUCUCGGGGGGGUUGGAUUGUGACAUUAUGCUGGUGCUAUAUAUAAUGUUUAGGGUAGGUUAAGAAAACUAUUUUUUUAUCGUUUCUGUUUGCAUAGGUUAUGUCGGGGAUUGUGGGAAAGAAGAUGGUUUAGAUCUUUGUCAAAUUCGAUUGUAGAUGACAACGUGUUGAAGAUUUCCAUUUUUGCAAGUAUGGUGGAAUUGCAACUUCUCUUUUCUUGGUGCUUUGUUGACCAUGUGUGAUUUGCCGUUUGUUCUGA